AUGCACCGUUCAGACAAGGGCGAAGUUGGACGAGGAUCCUUUGGAGUUGUACAUAAAGUCCGAAAGAAACAUACCCGCAGAGAAUAUGCUUGUAAAACAUUGAAGAAGAACGACAAGACGCCAGUCCAUAUGCUGCAAAGAGAAAUUCAAUGUAUGAGAAACUUGCAUCAUCCUCACAUCUUGGAACUCUUUGACGUAUUUGAGGAAUCCAGUUACAUUCACAUUGUUUCCGAGCUUUGCAUGGGAGGAGAAUUGUACGAACGGAUAGGAUCGGGCGACUGGAAUGCGACGGAAAAGGAAUCUGCAAAGCUGCUACUAAACAUACUGUCUGCUAUAGCCUACUUGCAUGAAAAUGGAGUGGUGCACCGAGACUUAAAGGCAUCCAAUUUUUUAUUUGCAACCAAAAGCACAAACACCAACGUCAAGAUUAUUGAUUUUGGAUUAGCCCGGAAAUUGCCUCUCACAGAAAGUGCAAACGGGACCAUUGUGGACCACCGACUGACCACCAAGGUUGGUACUGCCUAUUAUGUGGCGCCUGAGGUCUUAUUGCAGGAUAGUUAUGAUUCCAAAUGUGAUAUUUGGAGCAUUGGCGUCAUUGCCUUUUUGGUGCUAAGUCGCGGCAAGCUUCCAUACUGCGGACAAGACGAAAAACAAACUCUUGCCAUGGUCAAAGAUCAAAAAUUGCAUUGCACUUAUGAACCAGCCGAGAUUUGGGACGAACUCGAUAAGUCGGCAAAGGAUUUCUGUCAAGCAUUGAUGCAAAGGGAUCCAGCUGUGAGACCAACGGCUAAAGAAGCACUCGGCUUACAUUGGAUUCAAAAACAGAAUCAAAGCAUGAUGAUGAGUUCGCGCAGUGCCAUGGAACACUUUUUCCGGUUCGAUUGGAGCAAACCACAGGAACGUGCACCGCGGGGACCAGUGGGGGAUAAGGAUGAUGCCGACGCUAAUGAGAGAUACAUUGCGAAUGCUAAAUACUGCAACAUCCAAUCAAGCUACACAAUACAAAUGGAAUUGGGAAGAGGAUCCUUUGGGAUUGUCCGCAAGGUCCGAAAGAAACAUACUCGUCGAGAAUACGCUUGCAAAACGAUCCGCAAAAAUGACAAGACGCCCAUUCAUAUGCUCCAACGAGAAAUAGAGUCCAUGCAGGGUUUGCAUCAUAGGCAUAUCAUUGAAUUGCAGAAUGUCUUUGAAGAACCACACUUUGUGCACAUUGUAUCCGAAUUGUGUCGAGCGGAUGAACUUUAUGAACGAAUCGGAUCGGGAGAUUGGAAUGCUACGGAACCAGAAUCUGCCCAGCUGCUGCAAAAUAUAUUGUCGGCCGUCGCCUAUAUGCACGAACAUGGAGUCGUCCAUCGGGACCUCAAGGCUUCCAAUUUUGUAUUUGCCUCCAAGACUACCAACACCGACAUCAAGAUUAUUGAUUUUGGAUUGGCCCGCAAGCUACCACUCAAGGAAGGUCCGGCUGAUUCCCCCACGUAUGACACACUGGAACAAAUACUAACCACCAAAGUGGGAACACCGUACUAUGUGGCACCAGAAGUGUUAUUGCAAGACCGAUACAAUAGCAAAUGUGACGUAUGGAGUGUUGGGGUCAUUGCCUACUUGGUUUUGUCAAGAGGGAAGCUCCCCCAUUGUGGCGACAACGAGGCGGAUACGAUUACACUGCUCCAAGAUCCCGAUCUACAGUGCGUCUAUGAACCAGCCGAGAUUUGGGCCGAACUGGUAGACGAGUCGUCCGCCAAGGAUUUUUGUCAAGCUUUACUGCAGAAGGAUCCUACUUUGCGAUCAACCGCUGAAGAAGCACUUGCCCUGAAUUGGAUCCAAACCAUGGCGGGUCCGUCAGUAAGUCCCAAGCACAAGAAACAUCGACGACAACGAUCCAAGGAAGACAUGUUGGAUACUUUCUUUCGGACCAUUCACAUGAGCAGUUCCAAAGACAGCAACAAAGUUUAG